CGACCGCAGCCCUAGCCCCAGCCCCGCCGCCGGGAGCCGCCGCCGCAGCAGCAGCCGCCGUGCUCGGAGCGGGAGCGGGAGGCGGUGGCAGGGCGAUGCCGGCGCUGGCGCUGCUCGGGCUGCUGGGGGCCGCCGCGCUCGCAGGUGUCAGUGCAAUACCACUGGAAAAGGACCAUGUUGAAGAAAUGGUAACACGAUGUAUAGUGGAAGUUCUUUCUAAUGCUCUGUCGAAACCAAAUGCUCCACCAAUAAAUCCUCAGUGCAAAGAGAUCCUCAAGAAGAGUGGUAGGCAUGACAGAGAAGAGAAAAAAAAUGAAAAUGCAGAUGAACAACUUGAAGUAAGGCAUUUGAAAGAAACAGCAGAGGAUGAAAAACAACAGCACGUGAGUGUGGAGGAAGAGCAAAGUCAGAAUGAAGAACAGUCUAAAAGACACAUAGAAGGACUUGAAGAGGAGAAACGCCAUCAUGAGGAAGAAAAGAGUAGGGAAGAGGAGGAGAAAUCCCAUGCUUUUGCCCAGGGUCAUCCUUCUCCUGAAGGUGGAACCUAUAAGGAGGAAAACAAUCAUCAGGAAGAAAUAAGAAGUGAGGAAGAAGAGAAGGAGAACAGCUAUAAAAAACACUAUCACAGUGAAGAAGAAAGCAAAGAAAACAAGCAUCAUGAUGAAGACUCGAAGCAUGAGCUUCUAGACAAAAAAUCCCAUGCUGCAGCCAAACGUGUAGGGGAAUUCCUUGAUGGGGAUGACAAACGCUUCAUGGGCCAUAGGCAUUCAGAGGAAAGGGUGAACAGCCAUGAAGGUGAGGAGAAAGAGGAGGAGGAGGAAGAGGAGGAAAGCAGCGAACAGUACCAUCAUGAAUCUAAAGAACAUAGCUUCUAUCAGCGUAGAGGGCAUGAAGAAUCUGAGGAGACGGAAAAAGCUGGGGAGGAAAAGCGACGCUACAGACCAAAACAUUAUCACAGGAAGUACAGAGAAGGUGAUUUUUCUGAAGAGAAGAGAGAUCACAAUGGUGAAAAAAUGGAAUCCAGUGAAGAGACCCCUUUAUGGGAUAAAAGGAGCCAUUAUCAGAAGCACCGGUAUGAAGAGCCUGAGCAUCAUCAUGAGGAGAAGAGGGGCUCUCAUGGGAGACACAGUUCUGAAGAAGUGGAAGAAAAGAGGCACACUGGCCAUGGGAGUGAGGAGUACAGAGAGAGGUGGCAGAGCGAAGAUAGCAGUGAAGAGGUAGACAAGAGGCAUCAUCACAGUGAGGAAAGCAAAGAAAAACGGCAUGAGGACAAGAGGUACCAUGGUGGAUCACAUGAGGCAGUAAGACACCAUCAUGAAGGAAAGACACGUCACAGUGAAGACAGUGAAGAAGACCUGGAUAAGCGCCAGAGUCAUGGCAACAGGAAUGAGAAGAGGCAUCACAGUGAAGGGAGACACCACCUGCAAGAGAGUGAAGAGGAGGAGGUCCCAGAUCUAUACAGCAGAGAGAGUAAAGGGCAGGCAAGGCACUAUGGCACUGAGGAGAGGUACAGUGAAGAGAAAAGGCACUAUCUUGGAAACAGCCAGGAGGAAGAAGAAAUAGAAAAGAGUCUUCACAGUGAGGAACAAAAACAAUUUGAUGAAGACAGUAUGGAGAAAGUAAGGUAUGGGGAAAAGGAGGAGUAUAAGAGCUAUCUCCCUGCAGAGACUGAGAAGAAAGCCACAACUCCAUAUGGCCCUUUCUAUCCAUGGCUUCAUUGGAAAAGCAGGCAUUUGGAAAAAAUGGACAACACAAGAGGUCAGAUUCGGGAGAGCGAAGAGGAAGGCAGACCCACCCUGAGUGAAAAGAACUUCUUCCCUGAAUAUAAUGACUAUGACUGGUGGGAGAAAAAGCAACUUCUGGAUCACCUGAAUCGUGGGCAUAGUGAGAAAAGGAAUCUGGGAAAGAUCCGCAAAUUUGAUAUUAAGAGGCAGUACAGCAGAAUGGAUCAACUCGCCCAGCUUCUGAAUUACAGGAAGAAAUCUGCUGAGUUUCCCGAACUAUACAGUUCUGGAGAAGACAUGAAAAAGCGUCAUGUUAUCCGGAGUGACAAGGGAAAUCUGAGCCAGAGGCCCCUGACAGAGGAGGAGGAAAAGGAACUGGAAAACUUGGCUGCCAUGGAUUUGGAACUGCAGAAGAUUGCAGAGAAGUUCAAUGACAACAGGAGAGGAUGAAGAUUGUUUGUGAGUGGUGUGGCAUUUCAAAGCUAGGUGUAGCUUUGCUCACUCAGUACCUAUAUAGCUUGGCAAAUUCAUUGCCACUGAAGUGUCAUUUGUCCUAAAAAAACAGGAAAUGCAGUUUACUGUCCACUCAAGUGUAGUGAUUUAUACUGCUGGAAACGUUUUUAAUUUGCCAUUAUGCUAUUGAGAUUUGAAUAGCAUGAAUUCUAACAUAUAACCUUACAUGCAAAGCAGAUAUUUUUAAUAUGCUUGUGCAAAUAUUUGUGUCAGUGUUCUUCAGAAAUAUUUGUCUGAGAGUUUGAAAUAAUAAAAACAUUGAUCUAGGACCAAAUCCUUCUCCUUGCCUGACAUGUUUUGGUUUCAGAAUUCUGUGGUUACUUUCAAAUAACCCAGAUCAGAGAUCAGACAAAUAGAUCUAUACACAACACUGAAAUGUAAUUUCUGGAUAUUUUUUUAAAGGUUAAUAUAGAACAGUGUGUCUUUUUCUUUAGUUUCAAGAUAGCAAGUGCAUGCAAACAUAUGCCAGGAGCUCUAUAAGUUGAAUCAGUUAACUCAAAAAUCCAUUGUGAAUUACUGUGGUGUAAAAUUAGCAAGGAGCUGAACAUACAUUAAAAAGAUAAGCAUACUGCAUCACCAGCUGUAUUUUGAUCAGUAAUUUUGGAAAUACACAAUGCUUUGUAACUGGUCUGUUCUGCAUUAAGUUGUAAAUGUGGGACUGGGUUAUACCCACGCUUCUUUGAACUGAGGACCACCUCACUUGGGGAGUGAUCCUGUUACGCAUGUUGGUGAGCAGCUCCUCACCAACUAUGUUGUUUUUACACAGUCUGCUCCACAGUGCCGACCCCUUACUACACCGCUCUGUUAAUCCUGUAGAGACCAGACUGUGGUUAAAAAGGGCUCCACAAAAUCAGAAGUUUUAGAUGCAGGUUCCCCUGUGAAUCAGGUGCUGAUGCUGAGUUUGGCUGUGGACAACAGUGAUUACUUGCUCAGAACAAUGAGGAGGAGGUUGCUAAAAACAGCUCUUUGUGAAUCAUGUGACACGAAGCCACAUACAGAAUUCUCCCAUAAAUAGUUUUAACUGCUAUGGGAAUCUUGGAUCCAGGUUAAACCAAAUGUUAAGAAAAGAAAAAGAUUCUAUUGUAUUGAUUGGCAUCUCUUUUUUCAGUGUAGUGUCAAGAUGAGGGAUGCUCUACUAACAUUUGAAUAUGCUUCUACUUAUGUCAUAUUACUGAUAAAUAUGAGGCAUGUUACCCUUCUAUUUUAAUCAAAGUAGCCAUCUACUUGUUAAAAUAUUUAAUCUUAAAUCUAAAAUUACAAAAUAGUUCAAAAGAGAAGUACCUAGUAAGGGUCUGAACCUCUAAAUAUAUAGGCAUAUACUAAUCCCCUUGAAUUUAAUACAAGCAUUUAAAGGUUUGAGUAGGUCCCAUAAAAGAUCUUGGGAAGGGAGAUAGAAGUUUUGGCUCCACUUAAAUCAAAAGCAGGUUUGUCACCAGCUUCAAAGGAGGGCAGAAGUUCACUGGGAUAUCUGUCAAAAACUUAACAGAGGCUGGAGCAUUGUUCCAGAAUGUAAAUAUCUCAACAACAAAUACCUGGCUUGCCUACUUCUUCCAAACCUCUUUCUUUUAAGAUGUGUAGCACAGUACAGUAAGGAUAACACAACAUGCUGCUUUUGUCCCUCCUGUUAUUACAAAAGGAAAAACAUCAUUAAAAGCAAUGGUUAUGAGCAAGCAGUAAAUUUCAGAAGUGCCAGGAAUUUGACAAAUCCACUUUUCUAGUGUUGAAACAUCAGGUUCUAGGUUGUCUUUGUCUAGUACUGAAUAUAAACAGCUAAGAUGACUAUAGCACAACAGUUAAAAUUCAGUGAAAUUUUGCUUUAAAAUAACAUGCUUUAAAUAUUCAUACUAACAUUUUUCAUCUACAUCAUCAUAUAUUGAAGCAUGAAACUACAACACCAAGAAUUCAGCAAGUCUGAUGAUGUUUUAGCUCAAACUUAGUCAUUUGAUUUAUAAUAAAUAUCACUAAUAAUAAAGCUUUCAGCAAUGCAUAUCUAUAUAGCAGAGGCAACAAACCACCUGGUGCUGUGGGGCUGGUCUUGGGCCAGACUGAGCCCACAAACUAGCCCUGCCUAGGGCCACAGGUGAUGUGCACUGGCCCAGAGCACAGCCUGCAGCAUGUGUGCCCCAGACUAGCCCGAAGUACAGCCCAGGCUGAAGUAUGGCCUGGGGUGCAGCCCACUACACUCACCAAACCAGCGCUAUGCUCCCUGUGCAGCCACAGUAGCACAUCAAUGCAACAUGAGCCCCCAGAGGAUAGGGCUCUGAAGGUUGGAUCUGGUCAGUGGGCUGUAUCUUUGACACUCCUGGUCUAUAGAAUCACAGAAAAUAGGGCUGGAACAGAACCUCAAGGGAUCAUCAGUGCUCAAGGCAGGAUCACCUCUCCCCCUACCUAAGCCAUCCCAGACAAAGCUUUGACUUUAGACAAACACUGUUGAAGGUUCUGGGUAGAUGCCUUUGAAAAAGCUGAACCAUCUCUGUUGGAACAGCUUGUUGGGGCUCUGAGACCAACUCUUGUGGUAGUUCUGCUAUUUGUCAGCCAGAUUCUUCUGCUUCCAUGAUUCCACAGGCUGACAAACCUAGCAAUAUGAUAGGCCAGCAAUACUGAAUGCACACACUGCCUAUUCUAGUUUUAUCCCAGGAACACAAUUGCAUUGCCUGUUCGUUGCCUAUUCAUCCGCUAUUGCCUGGUGGAUGGAUGACACAGAAAACUAACAGAAGUGAACUUUUCGUGAAUAAUUACCUUCUUUUGUAUUUGAUUCCCACAGCAGAGGAUAUUCUGGUCUUGACCAAGUAUAAUUUAUUGAGAUUAUCAAAAUGUACAAUCACAUUCAAUGAGACUAAGUGGUAUACAAAUACUAUUUAGCUUGCAAAAUAUUGAUCUCUAUUUAGGCACUCUCUGUUUAAGUGCAAGCUUGACAUAUAAACUGCUAAGAGGAUCAGGGAAAUGCAGGCUUGAUGAUUAUUGAUCUCUUGUUAUUUCAAAGGCUAAAGUACUGUAGCAUGAGAGACAGCAAAACAGUCCCUAAUAUUUCUUGUUGGAACAUAUGGCAAGGGAGGGGAAGGGGAGCAAGCAGAAAUUCUUCACUUGGUUUCACUUUUCAAAGUUUGUGACACCUUAAGCAUCUUCUGACAAUUCUCUCUGAAUUCCUUGUCUGGCUGGACAGAUGAGUUUCCAGUUGAAACAGCUGUUAAUCCGGUGUGGUUUACUGAAGUUGACAACUGUUGCAGUCGAUUUAUUUAAGCUUUCGGAAACUUUGACGUUUGUAUUUGCCAUGUAACGUUGGAAUAUUUAAGUUAAUAUUUUCAAGUUUUAUUCUACAAAGAUGAGGAAAAUUUUUACUUUUUUUCUAAGUGAAAGCUAAGAUGAUCAGAUAAUAAUUCCAGCAGCUUGGUCUUGAAAGAAAAAAACAAAACAAGCCACAAAUAUGGCAAAUUGACAACACUGAAAACGUCAAAAGAAUUGUACAAGACACUUCAGAUGGUUGUAACAAGUCUUUCAGUGGUGCUGAAAGCUUUCUAGAAGUUUGCUACAUUCUCAGAACACUAGGCAGCAGCCACUUUUCUACAGCCUGAUGCUUUUUUUGAAGUAGCUGAUGUGCAGUUGCCAUUGAAAUCCAAGCUGUCAGGAAUAACGAUGCUUCCACUUGAUGCUGCACUUUUGUAACAGCAGGCAACAAAAAACUCUCCUGUUCAGAGACCAUGCUGAUUCUUUCAGAUUUAUCAGCAAGGAGUCUCUAGUACUAUUGACCUGAAGGUUUUUGUCAGAACCUGAGUAGGCAUAAAUUCAAUGGCUCUCAAACAGCUCCAUUUGUUUCUUCUUGACAUUAGGGUUAGUGUGCCCAGGCCUUCCCUCUCAUGUAGAGUGCCUUCCUGUAUGAUUCUGCCAACCCAGUGCCUGUAGUCAGUAGGUAACGAGAGCUGUAAUUUUUCUAGUAUGUUAAUGACAGCUAGGUCUAUGUCAGUGUUUUUCAAACUGUUUAGCACAGGGGUGUCCAAACCUUUUUGAAUGUGGGGCUGGAUCAUGAACUUUUUAUCACCCAGUGGGCUGGCGAGCCAUAUUCAAAGAUCUCACAGGAAGCGGUAUCACAUCACCCCUCCCCCCCCAAACGAAAGUAAGUGUUUACUUUUGUUUUCCAUCGCAGCACCUUGGGCCUCAGAAAACAGCUUGGAGGGCUGCAUGUUGGACAAGCCUGGUUUAGUAGAACCCUGAUAGUCCACGAUAAGUCAUCAGGGGUUCCACAAUGAGACAGGGGGUAAUGGCAGAGCGGGCCAGGAGGUGGUGUGUCGCCAGUGCCAGGCUCCAUGCAUUUGGUGUAGGGGUUCUGCAGCAGUAGUGAUAUGAAAGGGUUCUGUGACUUCAGGAAGUUUGUUUCUUCAGGCCAAUACAGCUGGCUGACUUGAGCAUUCAGAGGGACCUGAUGGGUAAAUAAGAGCAAGUUGGCUGGGAUUCAUCCCAGGUACAACUGACAGGAAUUUUAUGUGGUUAAGUCAUUUCCAAAAGAUCAGAGUGACCACCAGCCUCAGAACCUUCUGAAUGAAACUGAAAGGCCACUUUAUUUGGCACAGGCCAAGGACAGUUUUCAGCAAGUCAUAAUUAGCAGCCAAGCAAUAGUCUUUUUUCAAACAAGACACAAAGCCAGUGCUGUUCUAAGAUAGCUUUACCACCCCUUUGAAAAGUCAAUUAUCUGCUUACAAGCAUGGAAAGCACAACCUCUCCCCACACUGUUAUAGCAAGUGUCAAAAAUAAAUAAAUAGAAUUAUGUCCUAGCAAACAAUGGGCUUGGAAUAUAUCCCUAAAUUAUGAAUGUUGGAAGGCUAGUUCGUUGGCCAUCUUAACUAUUGUGGAUUCCAUUAGUGAUAGAGCUGUAAAACAAAGAUUUUUGUAAGGCAUGCAAGUUUACCUAUAGGUGAGUGAGUGGUUGAACCAGGUCUAGAGGACUAGCACAACUUGGCCAUUCUUUUUUUUUUGCCUCAGAACUGGCAACUUUUACUGCGCCCAUACUAUAACAUGGAAUGUAUAGAGCAAUUUCUCAUGACAUCGUUACUUGGACCUUUUCUAUAUUUGAUUCAUACAUCAGUGUCCAUUUGGCCACAAAUGAAAUGUUAAUGUAUUGUUGGAUGUGGAUGUCCUAUGUUCUGGACUCUCACUGUCUGGGUAUAAGCUUUGUUUCUACUCCAGGUGCUGUGCUGAAGUAAAACAACAAAAAAGAACAAGGUAGCUGACUCGUGGGGGAACAGAGUCUCUUUCACUUUACUAUCUUGAUUUUGAAUAUCUAUCAGACCCCUGGAUAGAGAAAUAAAACUUCCCUUAAAAUAAGAAAUAUCUGUUAUAAUAUAAAGGUUCAAAAUAAGGUUUUCAAAAACUUGCAUUGGGCAUCAAAAUUGUAAUUUACAUUUCUAUAAAGCUUUCCUCUUCCAGUUGUCUUUAAAACCUCUUUAAUGGCUUAAUAUUGUGUUGGCUAUGCAAUACUGGCCAAAUGCUCUUCAACUCGUCACACAUUUGGUAUACACUGUUUCAUCACUAUAUGCAUUAAAUUGUUGGUCUGAGAACUGGUUCAUGACUUGCAUGCUAUUAAGUUGCUUACAUUAAAUGAAUUUGUCACAUUCCUGCAACAAGUAACAACUGCUGGGAAGAGUGGGGAGAGGAAAUGUUACUGCACACUUUAAAAUGAGAUGGCUUGGGUCACUAAUAGGAUCAAUACAAAAACAGAUUUACAGAUAAGGAAUCACAAGAUCAACUGAAUUUGAGGCAAUUGAUUUUAAACAACUUGCCUCCUUCAUGUUUACGUAAAUCAUUUUAGUGUUUUUCCAAAGCUAAUUUUCUCAGACUGUAAAAUCAAUGUGUCAAAGAGCAUUUUUCUUAGAUUAGCUGCAUGACAAUCAGCAUGAAGCCCCGUGUCUCCUGUUUCAAACAUAAGUAAUCCAUUAUAAGAAAACAAAUGCAACUUUGAUGAUAUGUCCCUUAUCUAGAUCUUUAUAUCUUCAUUGUUGUAAAAAGGCAAUUAUUUAAAUAUCCCAAGGUCUCAAUGGCAGGUGGGUACCACCUUUACUUUGCAGAUAAAUAAGAACUAUGGCACACAGAGAUUUGACUUUACCCAUGUCAAAAAGCAUAAAAAUAACAGUAGUUGGAAUAAGCCAGGAAAUCCUAACUUCCAGCCCCAUAUCUAUCACUGUAGGUCAAGUUGCUGACAGACAGAUGCAUGUACUUUGGGCAGCUUAAAAAAAUUCCACCCCAUCUUUAUUCAAAAUAUGUAUGAAAAAGAGUUCCUUUCUCUCCUUAGCACCCCCAUCCAAAAAAAAAGAUUUCUGAAAAAUGUCAGAUGUAAAUUCAGCAAAUCUCAUCCUUCUAAAGGUGAUCAGUUUUCCCUGUGUUUAAGUGUACCUAAACUUGGAUGGAAAGAGAGGAGGGGAAUCUAACCUAGCUCUUCAGAAAGGACUUGGCAGAACUGACUACACCAAGAAAGUUCAUUUCUCCCAGUCUGCAAGACUUUUGCAGAGAGAGGAAAGAAACUUGUAAAAAUAAGAAAAUGAUUAAAAUCUUACAAAAAUAAGACAGCUUGGAGACAAAAUUUGAAGCUCAAUCUAUUGCUCACUCAAGCAAAAUGAAUAAGGCUUUUAUUUCAGUGCAUUUAGACUACUCUGAGCUAAUGUUGAACAGCACUAGCCUUCUAGCUAGCAGUAUAUAACACUUUUAACGCAGUCCUUUCAUAAAAGCAAAUGCUGGAGCUACAGCUUCCAUCCCUGGGUUCUGGCCAAGCAGAAACCCAUCAGCACCAAUGGAACCCCCAUGUGCUUAGAGGUCCAUGCUACUGAAUCCUGAGAGACCAUGUGGGUGGUUGUGUAGUCAAGAGUACCCAUUCCCAUUCUCAAGUAAUUUCACUGCCUGAACAAUAAAGAAGCCCUACCUCUUUAGAAACUAAUUCUUGAAGUUUAAUUGAAGUGGCAAACAAAGCAUUUUGCAAGCUAACAAAAACUCUACACACCAUAAGAAGCAUAAUAGCAAAAUAAAUAUGGCUGUUUUCAAAACUUUCACAGGUUAACAAAAGAAUAAAAACAAUAUAAAUCUGCCUUCAAAAAAAAAAAAGGAAAAAAGGAAAUAUGCACUACCCAACAAGGGCACUUAAAUUAAACAUUUGGUAUUUCCAUUUAUAUACAUACACCUGAAGUUUUGUAUUUUCUUGCUUUUAGGAACAGAGGGUCAAGAUGUAAAGAUUCAGUUUUAAUUUGUCAUUUUCAUUUCAUUUCAAUCUUUUUUCAUUUUCCCAUCAGGAAUAAAAGUGCAUGAUCCUGUUGCAUUUCACUCUUCUUCUUAAAAAAAAUCAUUUAAAAGGGGCAGGGUUCUAUAUGUGAAAAGGGAACUCCAUUUACUAUACAGAUUAUUUUAACCUGAUGUAGCUGCAAGGCAAAAGGGAAGCUAAAGUGUCUUAAUUCAAACCCAAUCUCUGUGAAAACACUUCAGCAUCUCAUCCAAUUCUUACAACUACCAAAUAAAAUUGUUUCAUUGA